AUGCCGACUCGGGUAGACAAGACGCUUGCCGCGAAACUACUCAACUCCUCCGUGAGGUACAUCCUGUCGGACAUCGACGGGGUGGUGCUCUCCGGCCCCGAGGUCAUCCCACGCGUCCCGGAGGCCCUGACCCACCUCCGCCGGCACGGCAAGGCGAUCCGGCUUCUGUCCAACAACGCCUCGCGCUCCCGUCGGGGGAUCCUUGAGCACCUCCAGCAGCGCGGCAUCCAGGGCUUCACGGAAAGGGACAUCUACAACAGCGCCUACGCCGCGGCCCUGCGGCUUCGCCAGCUCCUCGGCGGGCCCGACGGCCUCAUCCAGGGCAGCCUCUUUGUCAUCGGCGAGCCCGGGCUGCACGAGGAGCUGCGGAAGGUCCUCGCACCGGGCUUCGUCACGUACGGCCUUGAGCUCCACGACCCCGAGCGCGUCGGCGGCCUCGACCCCGCCGCCCUCCGCACGGCCUGGACAAGCCCAGUCCUGCCCCCGCCUUGCCAGCCCCUGUGCCUCCCCCUGUCCAACCCAGGCCCGGGGAUGGGAAGGGAGGACACAGGGAAAGGGAAAGAUGACACAGGGGAGGUUGUGCAGGCGGGGUCGUCAAACGAGCGUCGGAUCUCGCUCGCGGAGCUCGACGCGGUGGCGGUGGUGGUCGGGCUGGAUAACCACUUCAGUUCGCUAAAGCUCGCGUAUGCCGGGAUGAUCCUGUGCGGCCCGCCGCCGCUCCCGGGAAAGGGUAAGGACGCUGCGGGUCCCAGGGCAUGGUUUAUCGCAACGAACGAGGACCCACAGAUCCCGAUAGGCUCUGAGAACGUGCUGGCGCCGGGGGCGGGGUGCAUGGUGCGGGCGGUGGAAACCGUCUCCGGGCGCAACCCAGACGCCGUCUGCGGGAAGCCGAGUGUCGACAUGGCGUCGAUCCUCUUCGCGGAGGAGGGUAUCGUCAACGCGAGGGAGUCGUGUUUGAUGAUCGGAGAUCGGUUGAUUACUGAUAUUGCCUUUGGUAAUGCUGCGGGUUGCCAGACAAUGUUAGUGCUGAGUGGCGUGGAAGGGAUGAGUGAUAUCGAGAAGGCGAAGAAGGAAAAGCGGAACGACUUGCUCCCAGAUUACAUAGGGGACUCGCUUGCUUGCUUUAUUCCGUAA